AUGAAGCACAUAAAGGUGGUUGUGCUUCUCCUGAUGCAGAGCAUGAGUGCUCUGGCUGGGACGACGGUAGCAGCAGAGGUGACCACCCAUCUCAGUACGAUGUUUCCAUAUCUGAUUCCRCCUAGGAAUACGAAUGGCAAACUGCACACGCCCCCAGAGCUCUUUUCCAAUGUGUCUGGCUCUGUGAAUGACAAGGGAAUCUGCCAGUGCUCUGUGUACUUGCCCGAUACCACCUUUCCAGUGCAGAAGGCUGARCAAUUGGAAAUUAUAGCCACAACGCUCUCGGAGAAGUUUGAGACAGAGCUUUCUAAAGUUCAGGAGUACUCAAAAAAAAUUGACCUGUUUCAGCAGCAAAUCCUCAAUCUAACCAUCAGAGUGCAGCAUAUAGAGAUGGGUGAUGUAWCUUACACGGAACUGGACUUCCAGUUACUGAAAAUGGAAAUCAGUGACCUAGAGAGACUGGUCACUCAGCUGAAACCCAACCUUGUUGGAAGCAACGCCGUCGUUGAGCAAAUAUAUUUGGAGAUCACCAAUCUGACUAUACUGGUAAAUGAACUGGAGUCGCUGGACAAAAACAACGUCCUUGCAAUUCGUAGACAGGUUGAGUCUCUGCAGAAUCGAUUGAAAGAGUGUGAAGAGAAUGCAACCAAAACUACACCACCUCCUUAUUUCCCACCAGGUACCUGCACUCACCAUGGACCGAUGAAUGUUAGCCAGCCCUAUGUUGCCAAGCUGAACUGGAAAGGAUUUUCCUACAAAUAUGGUUCCUGGACUAGAGAUUACUAUCCCUCUAAACCAGAGAARGAAUUCUACUUGGUUGCACCAUUGAAUACAGAUGGGAGAUAUUUAGAAUACUACAGAAUUUAUAGUUCCUUUGAUGAUGUGCUACUGUUUAAAUACACAUAUGAACAGAGAAUAACAUAUGGGGAAGGAAGCGGUGCUGUCCUUUAUAAAAAUUUUUUGUACUAUCAUGCUUAUGGUUCGCAAUACAUGGUGAAGCAUGAUGUAAAAUCAAACRCUCAAGUUUUGAAGAAGGAGCUUCCAGGUGCUGCUGUCAGUAACCGCUUCUCUUAUGCAGGCGUAGCGUGGCAGGACAUAGACUUUGCUGUGGAUGAAAGUGGGUUAUGGGUAAUAUAUUCAACUGAAAAUAACGCGGGCAACAUUGUGAUUAGCAAACUCAAUGAGGCCACACUUGAUGUGAUAGAUACUUGGCAGACGAGGCAGUACAAGCCAUCUGUUUCCAAUGCUUUCAUGAUAUGUGGUGUUCUUUACGCCACAAGGCCGCUGAACACUAAGAAAGAGGAGAUCUUCUACAUGUAUGACACAAGUACUGGCCAGGAAGGCAGAAUGAGUAUCAUUAUGGAUAAAAAGUUAGAGAMAAUCCAGAGUAUUGAUUACAGCCCCACAGAUCAGAAACUGUAUGUUUUCAAUGAUGGUUACCUUGUUAGCUAUGAUAUGACUUAUAAGCCUUAG